AAAUUAGUAAAAACCGAAUGAAACUUAUAAGCAUAGUCUCAAAAUUUUGAAAAUCCAAAUCAAAGUGAAGAAUAUAGUGAGACUUUUAUGCAAGUUCAAAAGUGAAGGUUUAAUGGGCCUGGAUCGAUAAAAUUAUCAUAUAAAUGGAAAGUUGUUUGAAUGAUUUAGGGUUUAUAACCCACUCGCCAUUGAUCGUCUCCUUUGUAGAGAAACAUGGGGUACGAUUUCUUCCGUCUCGUAGUUCCUUCUUCCUUAGUUUGGUUGAUCGUGUUUUAGUUUGUAGAUGGUUGGUGUUGUAGCUUGAAAUGUUUUUUUCUUUUUCUCUAUAUGUUGAUCUGAUAGCACCAAGAAGAGAGUUAUCAGAUCUGGAAAGAAGAUUGCUCCUCCUGUCUCCAACAAACCUCGUUUCAAUUUCAUUGAGGUUAAAAAUAUAACUAAAUCCUUUUGUUGGUUUCUUUCAAAUGCUUGAAAUCGUCUUUUGUCUUUUUUGUUUGCAGGAAACGUUCGUGAGUGCUGGUGGAGUUAAAACCAAGGUCUGGACACUUCCUGCUGCUGAAAUGCACUCUGUCAUGAACGAUAGUGAUAGUGAUAGUGAUAGUGAUGGAGAGCCCUAUCCGAAUUUCGGUGUUGGGGUUAACCCGCAUGAAUCCGUUCUCUCUAACUGUGAUAGAGCACAGCAGAAGAUUUCAGUUGGUCGAAACUUGGGUUUCACCAGACGUUGCAAGCUCAACCUCCUUAGGAAGAGGGGGCAGAUAUUGGAACACAAGCUUAUCAAGAAGCCUGCUCCUUUUGUCUCUCGUUUCAACUUCAUUCAGGACACGUUCGUGAGUGCUAGUGGAGUUAAGACCAAGGUCUGGACACUUCCUCUUGCUGAGAUGGACUCUGUCAUGAACGACAGUGAUAGCGAUAGCGAUAGUGAUGGAUCUCAUGAUUUAGAGCUCUAUCUGAAAUUGUAAAACAUGAUUGGAUAUUUUUUAAAAGUUUUUCUAUCCUAUCAUGAUGAUCUCUUAUGUAUUGGGGUUGAUGAGUCACUGUGAUGAUUUUUUUUAAAAAUUAAUGAUGGUUUUUAAAACUAAACAGAAUUUUGAAUUAGAAGAGUCCUAAUGAUUUAAAUUAUUUUAAAAAGUUUGGUUAAAGAGUUUUUCAUACUAUCAUAGUUUUAACUGAUGGUAUUUAUAAACUUCAACAGAAUUUAUCUUUUAAGUAUUUUAUAAUAUUAUUUUUAGUGUUUGUUAUUAUCCUCUCCAUAUUAUGUUUCUUCCUUUGUCUCUCUCUCUUUUUCCUAUUUCACCGGUUGUUUUUCUCAUGGCUAUUACAUUUAAAACUUUUCUUUUUGCUUUUGAUCAACUUUUGUAUCCAGUUUCCAUUAGUCUUUUAUCUACAAU